AUGCGCCUUCGCACCGCCGCCCGGGUUAUUCUUGUCGGCGCGCCCGGGGUCGGGAAGGGGACGCAGUCGGAGCGGUUGCUCCAGAGGUUUCCGCAGCUCUCGUCCAUUAGUUCCGGUGAUUUGCUGCGAUACAAUAUCAGGCAGCGGACGCCUCUCGGUAUCAAAGUAGAGAGCACGAUAAAAGCCGGCAAGCUAGUCUCCGACGACUUGAUACUCCGACUCAUCCGCAAUGAGCUCAACCAACGCGGGUGGCUCCUAACGCGCCACACCUCCGACAAUGUCAUGACCCUCUCCUCGUCCGCGAUCGACCUCGACUCCCCCCCACAACACGGCAGCCCCAACGACGCCGAGAUGGCCGCCUUCCUGUCCUCCCCCGCGCACGCCCGCGGCGGACACGGAGGGCACAGCCUCAACGAGGACCCGUCAGCCUCCUUCCUCCUCGACGGGUUCCCGCGAACCGCGACCCAGGCCGAACGCCUCGACGAGAUCGUGCCCAUCAACCUGGCCGUGUCGAUCCGCACCCCGCUCCAGGUGAUUAUGGAUCGCAUCGGUGGGCGCUGGGUGCAUGAGGCGUCUGGACGGGUGUACAACACGACCUUCAACGCGCCUAAGGUCCCUGGGCGGGACGACGUGACGGGUGAGGAGCUGGUGCGGCGGUCGGAUGAUAGUGAGGAGGUGUACCGGGAACGGUGGAAGAAGUUCCAGGAGACGAGCGAGCCGUUGCUGGAGCACUAUGCGCGUAAGGGGGUGCUGUGGGAGGUGGAUGGGAUGAGCAGUGACGAAAUAACGCCGAAGCUGUUGAGCAAGUUUGAGGAGCGAUUUGCUUGA